CUGCAGAAAAUUUUCACUUGGAUUUUCACUACCGACGAAAGCGGACCGGAUCAUAGUUUGCAGCAACAGUGCCCUCAUCGUUCAAGCAAGAAUCAAUCUUGAAGAUCGAAAGCGAAAACGUAAAGCAAAAUGCGUGAAAUAGUUCACAUUCAAGCUGGUCAGUGUGGCAAUCAAAUAGGAGCCAAAUUCUGGGAGGUAAUUUCCGACGAGCAUGGAAUCGACGCCACAGGUGCCUACUGUGGCGACAGCGAUUUGCAGCUCGAACGUAUCAACGUUUAUUAUAACGAAGCUACGGGUGGAAAAUAUGUGCCAAGGGCUGUUCUGGUGGAUUUGGAGCCGGGCACUAUGGAUUCCGUCCGGGCUGGACCAUUUGGGCAGUUGUUUCGUCCGGAUAAUUUCGUUUUCGGACAAUCUGGGGCCGGAAACAACUGGGCAAAGGGACACUAUACCGAAGGAGCCGAGCUGGUUGACUCCGUGCUGGACGUGGUUCGCAAAGAGUCCGAAGGGUGCGACUGCCUACAGGGAUUUCAACUAACCCACUCGCUGGGUGGUGGAACUGGAUCAGGUAUGGGAACGCUUCUAAUUUCGAAGAUUCGAGAGGAGUAUCCUGACCGCAUCAUGACCACGUUCUCAGUUGUUCCCUCGCCGAAGGUUUCGGACACCGUAGUUGAACCAUACAAUGCUACACUCAGUGUUCACCAGCUUGUUGAGAACACCGAUGAGUCGUUCUGCAUUGAUAAUGAAGCUCUGUACGACAUCUGCUUCCGAACACUGAAACUCACCACGCCCACCUACGGUGACCUCAAUCAUCUGGUUUCAGCGACGAUGUCUGGUGUUACUACCUGCUUGCGCUUCCCGGGGCAGUUGAAUGCAGAUCUUCGCAAAUUGGCCGUCAAUAUGGUCCCAUUUCCUCGGCUGCACUUUUUCAUGACCGGUUUUGCCCCUUUGACAUCGAGAGGCUCGCAACAGUAUCGCGCUCUCACCGUCCCCGAGUUAACGCAGCAAAUGUUCGACGCGAAGAACAUGAUGGCCGCCUGUGAUCCACGUCAUGGGCGAUAUCUCACCGUUGCGGCGAUCUUCCGUGGCCGCAUGUCAAUGAAGGAAGUUGACGAGCAGAUGCUGAACGUGCAGAGCAAGAACAGCAGUUACUUUGUGGAAUGGAUUCCGAACAAUGUGAAAACCGCCGUUUGUGAUAUUCCACCACGUGGUCUUAAAAUGUCGGCAACUUUCAUUGGUAAUUCAACUGCCAUUCAGGAAAUCUUCAAGCGAAUUGCUGAGCAAUUUACUGCGAUGUUUCGGCGCAAGGCUUUUCUGCACUGGUACACCGGUGAGGGUAUGGAUGAAAUGGAGUUUACAGAGGCAGAGAGCAACAUGAACGAUUUGGUGUCGGAGUACCAGCAGUACCAGGAGGCAACCGCCGAUGAAGAAGGAGAGUUUGACGAGGAGGAAGAAGGUGCCGAUGAAUGAAUUGUUUAAAAAUCUGUCGUAUGAAUAUUACCUAUUGUAAUUAGAACAUAUAAUGAAUUAAACAAAUGGAUACUUGUAUGUAUCAGUCUCGUUAA